AAUUAAUUCAUUUAGUCGUUUCCCGGGGUCGUAUAUCACCGCCGCGCGGCGCCACAAUACAAACAGGAUUAUUGAAGCUGUUUAAACUGUUGUUUAGUUACACUGAAGCCUGAAGACAUUAGAAUUUAAUUUAUAGUAAGCAAAAAAGCAGCAAAACAAUGCCUGUCAAAAGAAGCCUUCAGGUAGAAGACAAGGAAAACACUCCAGUCAAGCGGCACACCAAGGACAGAAACUGUUCCCCUUUGACUGGAAUGAAGCCCAUGACCCCAACAGCCAAAACCCAAGGUAAUUACAAAACCAGUGGGACCACUGUCUAUGCCCUGGAAGCACAACAGCCACAGACAGAAACAGAGAGAAUGGAUUUUCUCAGGUCUAAAUUGGAGGAAUCUUUAGAGGCCUUAAUGAAGACCAGGCAAGAACUUGAGUCCUUACUGCCUGUAGAGGGCAACAGUGAGCUGAGGAGUUUCUUGCUGAUGGGUCCUGCUGACUUGCACACUGAACUGAAGAGACACAAAGAGCUGACUUCUAAAGUAAACUUUCAUGUUAAUGCAACACACAUGCACGAUAAGUGGCUCCAAGGUCCAACUCAGACUGGCAGUUCCUGUGAGUUUCUGAAGAACAUCUUAAGUGGCUGAGAAGGCCAACCUGAACAACAGCUGCUGGCCACACAAACCAUCCUAUUUCUGCCCAAGGUGGAUCAUAUAACUCUCACUUUAUCACCCCCAGAGGCAGCGUGAAGGACAAAAGCACAAGGUGGCCCAUUAACAGUACUUGUAUUUUCCCAUAUACUUGGUCUCCUUUUGUUGGAAGUAAAAAAUCUUGGGGUGUGGUUUUUGGCAUUGAUUUUACAAGACUUGUGCUUGGCCAUAGCACAGAUCUCCACAGCCUCUUCAUCCUGACCGUUCGUUCACAGAAAAAAAACAAUAUGAAUAUGAAUUUCCACACUUAUCUGUGCACGUCCUUCAUUACAUUCAUGCAUUGUUGACUGUCUGGAAGGAGCCUCCAGUGUUCCACCAAGGGGGCAUGUUUCUUCUCUUUCCACUUUGUGCGUUUCAGGUUCUCAAUAACACAACACAUUUUUUUUUCAUUAUAUUCAGUUAAGCAGAGAGAAAAACCAAGAGGCUGGUGAAGGAAUAACAGAGACCGUUUACAGUAAUAAGUGUGAACAGGAACAGGAUCCACAACAUUAAACCUAACUAUAAAUGGAUAAAAGUGAGGUUUGUUAAUAAAUGAAAAAAUGAAAUCAUUGGGAAAUUGCUGUGGUAUAAGUGUAAUAAGUGUAAUAAAACACUUUGGCAUGCUAUUAUUGGAAAAUAAUCACUGUUGUGUCAGGCUGCAUCACACCACCCUGUCAUUGAUUACUUUCAUAUAGCAGCAUGUCUCCAAGUUUUCUUAAAACUAGAUAGUGCGAGGUCUUACGACCAUGGUCCAGCUCCUUAAUGUUUUUGUUGCUCAAUUCUUGGUUCAUCACUGAAUUAGCCAAGCUGUUCUUUUCUUUUUUAGCUCCAUUUGUGUCUCUAUCUAUAUUUGAUGUCUCUUUUUCUGCAAAUAUUCAAUCAGAAGCAUUCCAUUCUCCUAGUCGUGUGUGUGUGUGGCUGCGGGGCUUGUGCAAGCUGUAACACUAUAGCCCCUCUGUGACCUGAUAACAUUUACAGUUGUAAUGGAUUUUUUUUAAUGCCAGUCAUUAACUCCUGUGAAAGAAGGAGGUGGCGAAAGAUUGUGUGCACC